AUGAGCGAGUUACCGACUACCCAACAGGCACUGAAGAUAGCCGGUCCCGGCAGCAUCGAGCUGCAGACCAGCCAGCCCUUACCCCAGCUGGGCGCCGACGAGGUGCUGGUGCGGGUCGCCUGUGUCGGACUGAACCCUUACGACGCCAAAUCCGCCGACAUAUCGCCCAGCCCCGGCGCCACCGCCGGGCUGGAUUUUGCGGGCGAGAUCGUGGCCCUCGGCGAGGGGGUCACCUCCUCCGCUUUCUCGUCGUCGCGGCUGGCUUUGGGCACGCGCGUGUGCGGCUGCGUGUUCGGCAACAACGCGGGCCAGCACGACAACGGCGCCUUCGCCGAGUACGUGGCGGUGCCCGCGGCGCUGGUGCUCUGCAUCCCGGACUCGAUGAGCUUCCAGCAGGCGGCGACGCUAGGCUGCGGGCUGGCGACCACCGGAUUGGCGCUGUACCAGACCCUCGGCCUGCCGCUAACUCCGACGUACGUCCUGGUAUACGGCGGAGGGACCGCGACAGGGACGCUGGCCAUCCAAGUGCUACGCCGCUCCGGCUUCACUCCACUAACCACCAGCUCCCCGCACAACUUCCCGCGGCUGCAGCAACUCGGCGCGGCGGCGACCUUCGACUACCGGUCGCCGACCUGCGGGUCGGACCUGCGCGACCACACGGCCAACACGCUGGCCUUCGCGCUGGACUGCAUCAGCACGACGGAGUCGAUGCAGAUCUGCUACGAGGCGAUCGGCCGCGCGGGCGGCAAGUACGUCUCGCUGGACCCGUUCCCGCUGAGCCGGCACACGCGCCGCAGCGUGCGCCCGGAGUGGGUGUUCUUGUUCACGCAGUUCGGGCGCGAGAUCGUCGGCUGGGAGGCGCCGUACAACCUCCUGGCCAGGCCGGCCGACCGCGCCGCGGCGGAGCGGUGGUACGCGGAGAUGGAGGCGGUUCUGGCGGAGGGAGGGCUGGUCACGCACCCCGUGCAGGAGGAGUCCGGCGGGUUGCGCGGGGUGAUUGGCGGCAUUGAUGCGGUGCGCAGGGGUCAGGCCUCGGGGUUUAAGUUGGUUUAUCCUCUUUGGGGGUGUGCUUAG